AAGCAGCCUGAGCAGCACUCACAUGGUGGCUAACUGGAGAAACAGAAGACACCCACAUUUUGGACAAAGCUCUGACAAACAAACAUACUGGGGAAUAUAGAGAAAAUGUCUGGAGCUAAAGUGAAGAUGCGGGGGAAGAAGAUGAGGAACCAGCCCGUCAGUGUGCAGUAUCCAUCCAGCAGCACUCAGAACGGAGGAGACAGCCCGCUCGCCGGUGGAGGUGGAGAUGAUGGUCCAUCUAACAUCCACCCGUCUACAGAAAGACCAAAGAAUCCUCAUCAACACGGUGGAUGGGUCCGUGGACACCAGAAAGAUGGUGGAGGCUACGCCAAGGAGAUGCCCAAGUACAUCACUGCUGGAGCUUUUGCCAGGGCCAGAGCGGCAGAGGUGAGUGCCAUGUUGAAAGCUGUCACCAAGACAACAGGCAGCUGCCAUGUGUUUGGAGCCCUGCCCAAACACAUGAGGAGACGGGCCAUGAGCCACAACACCAAGCGGCUCCCUCGCAGACUGAGAGACGUGGCCAACAGAAUGCGGGAGAAGAGUCUCCAGGCCGGCUCAAAGAAGAAAAAGGAACAGGCAAAGAGCAAGAGCCGCAAGGCCCGCCGCCGGCACGGAAACCUGCUGCUGGAGUUUAACCGUCGGCAGAGGAAGAACAUGUGGCUGGAGACGCACAUUUGGCAUGCCAAGCGCUUUCACAUGGUUAAAAAGUGGGGCUACUGCCUCGGAGACAGACCCACGUACAAAUGCUACCGGCCUUGCUACAGGGCAAUGAGCAGCCACUGCCUGCUGCAGGACCUUUCUUACUACUGCUGCAUAGAACUACAGGGAGAGGAAGACAAGCUGCUGGCUUCCCUGUCACAGCUGACCAGCAAGGAGGCCGGUCCUACAUUUGCUGCAGCUCUGAGUCUAUCAGGGCGAAGACAAGGCAGUGUGGUGGUGUACAGAGCGGGACAGUACCCCUCACAGCCUCUGGGCCCUGUCACCUUUCUCUGGAGACCCCGUACACAAGGCUCAACCCACAGGCAGCUGUGGAUUUGGGCUCACCCCACUAUUAAAAAGGACCUUCUUCUAGAGUUACAAACUGUGUGCCAGUGUUGUGAGCCUGUCGUUCCUCCAGUUGUUGCAGUGGUUACACCUCCUGAGGUCGUUUCCACCCAAGAACCAGAACCAAAACCUGAAGAGAUCCCUGAGGCCAAGCUGGUAACUGGAACCAAGAGAAAGCGAACCAGUAAGGAUGCCAGUGGACCUCCGGCCAAGAAGAUCCUGGGAGAUGGAACCAGAUCUCCCACCACCCCGGUUACCUGGAGGUCAAACUCAACUGGAAUAAUUAUAAAUGAUCUCACGUUGGAGAUUGUACGCUAUCGCCUGAUUGGACCACAGUCACAUUCUGUUCUGGCGGAAACUUUGGAGGCCGCUACAGACUGUAAUGAAAUGAAUAAAUCUCAGCCCUCUUCCCUCUGGUGGCCUGAGCACUGCAAAGAUGAGGAGAAGAUGAAUCUGCAUCAACAACAAGCUGGUGUUUAUCACACCCUGAAAGGCAUCUAUUCGACUGGAGAGCUCCCCUCGGGCACAGUGCUGGGUCUGACUGUAGAUGACCCCAGGCUGACGUUGCCAACAAAGAAGGUUAAAGCUUUGCCGUGUGUAAAGCAGGCACAAGAGGUGGACGAAGAGAAGAGGAGGGAGCUGAUGCUGCGUGGCGCACCUGAACACUGCUGCCAGAGUUACCUGUGGGAGCAAUCUGUCCGUGAUAAUGUCACUGAUAACAAGAUAUCAGAGCAGGAGUUGAACCGUAUGAGAAGUGAGGUGCUGGUGCCGGGCUCCAGGCUGAGCCCCACUCCCCCGCAGGGCAGAGUCCCCAUCCUGCUGGUUCACCAGCCUGGUAAGCAGGUGGGACACGAGAUGAGCUCCUGGGGUGCUGGAUGGGACCUGCUGCUUCCUAAAGGAUGGGGCAUGGCCUUCUGGGUCCCACUGAUGUACAGAGGAGUUCGCAUUGGAGGGCUGAACAUGAGUCUGAAACACUCUCAGAAUAAAGGAGCGCCCCACUUCCCCCAUGAUUACCCAGACUGCCCCGCAGGCGCUCGCUUUCAGGAGGAGCAGGAGGCAGAGUUCCUGGACAAGUUCAAAAGGCGUCCGCCCGCCAAAAGGACCAAUUACAUUAAACAUGGCUGUCUGGCACCGUUCCGUUGCCCGUGGCAACAGCUGGCCGAGGAGUGGGAGCUUAUCUCGAGGGAAGGAGGAGAGGAGAGGAGAGGAGACAGGCAGACCCAAACCACAACAGAGGCUGCCACAGUGAUGGAGGAGGAGAUGACAUCACGUAGAGAUAUCAGUGUAACAAAGCCUCAGAGCUGCGUCACUGUACUGAGGAACAGAAAGUCACUGAGGCUGCUCUCUGGUUGGUGCAGACCCACGACAUCUAAAGGUCAGAAGCUGUGCCGCGCAGGGGGGGUGCCACCUCUGGACCGUUCGGCUGCGACAGCUUUUCUUACCGCACAUGGGAUGAGUCUGGUGUGGGUGCGCCUGUCACUUCUGUCCAAGGGCAAACCAGAGCUCCACGCCAUGGUGUGUGUGCCAACCGCAGACGACCUGCAGCUGCUGAACAAAGGGCUCAGCAGCAGCGGCCCCCAGGAGCCCCCGCACAGAGACCACUUCAAAAGCAGAAUUAAACGCAGGAAGAAGGGCCCCAAGAAAGCCGCUACAUCCGCUUUGUCUUCUAAGACCGAGGGAAAAGAGCCAGAACUUCCCACUGCCUCUGAACCAAACUCCACCACAUCUGAAGACACCAAAUCGUCCUCCCAGUCUUCCUCCAACCUCAUCUUCGGGCUGUGGCCGGAUCCUCUGCCGAGUGUCACCUCUCACUGCUCCCGGGUGACCGUAGGCUGGGUCACUCAGGGUGACUUCUCCCUGUCUGCUGGCUGCGGGGAGGCUCUGGGGUUUGUCAGCGUUGCCGGUCUGCUUAACACCCUCCUCAACCAGCCGACAGAACACAGAGGCACGUUGCUGCUACGCAACCCCACCUCCCUGCACUACCGCUUUGCUAAAAUCAACAUAGAGGUCUGAUUGAAGUGUCCAAGCUUAUGCAGAACUUCCAGAAAGCUGAAUUCUUGGUUAACGUAGGACGAUCAACUCGACGUGCGCCCCGCAGAAGCCUGAAAUUAAAUGUCAUCAAGUAGCAUGAUGCUUCACUUGCUAAGUGAUCCCUGUGCCUUGACAGUUGCUUGCUUGGACUGUGCCAUCAUCCACUCUAUAGUGUUGGUUGAAGACUUAAUGACAUGCAUGGGGCAUAACAUUUUUAGUUGUGUAUAUUAUAGUGUGGGACGUGACGUCCACAUUAUUUCAGUUGAAAAAGGCUGGUUGUUCAGAUUUGUUUCCAUGUCACUGCCUUUGUGCUCCACAAAGGGAUCAGUUAAACUCUGCAACUGAAUGAAAGCCUUGGUUUUAGUUAGACUUGUUCAGCCUUUUAUCAAGUGGGUUUCCAAAAUGAAUUCAUUUAUGAGUUAUUUUUACAUCCCUCUGUGUCCAUGCUAAUGACACUGAGAGGAAUUAUGUUUGUGGACAUCUAUGACCUUUAAAGAAGUCAAACUGAUGGGUUUGGAUUUGAGAAAAGUGACAGUUUCUGUUUCAAAAUACCACUACAUUGAAAAUGUUUUGUUUGAACAUAAGCGAAUAAAACACCCAUACUGCACAUGAUAGAAUAUGCCAUCUGUGGGUAAUUAGUGUAGCUUUCUCAUGUGUAAAUUCAUACAAAUAAUUAUGUGACUUCCAACACUGAAAUAUGCGUUAUGGACUGGCCCUUAUAAGCAAAUGC